AUGUUUCUGUACGGACUUGUUUGUGUCGGAAUUUUAGGCAUAGAUUUAAGUACGCAGUACAUUAAAAUAGCGGAAAGCACUUUUUCUGGCGAACCCAAAGUAAUUAAAGAUGGCUAUAACAGAGUAAAUAUCCCAGCUGCGGCUGCAUCAAAAUAUCCUAUUGAUAUGAACAACCUUCCUCAAAAACUCGUAGAUUUUCCAAUUAAGUUUGGUGCUGAAGCACUCCCAAUUCUUAGAAGAAGUCCGCAAAACGGAUAUGAAUUUCUUCCUAAAACAAUUGGACGUUCUAACACAUCUUUUCAUACAUCAGCAAACAUUACAACACCAGAAUUCGUUUCUCUAUACUUCAUGAACUAUAUUCUCGAUCAUGGCAACAAUAAUGGCCUUACAUUUGCUGUUCCAUCUUUUUGGACAGGAUUACAACGUGAAGCCCUCAAAAACGCUCUCAAAUUGUAUCGUAUGCCACUUGAGGCCAUCAUUGACGACACAGAAGCCCUCGCAGCUAAUUACGGCGCCACAAGAUAUACAAGAUAUCAGAAAGCCACAUGGAAUGUUCUCUUUGUAGACUUCGGAGCCACAUCAUUCAAAGUCCAUGGUAUUACUUUCCAGUGGAAAGGAGAUCAUACCCUUGCAAAUGAAACCGCAAACGAAUGGAGUGAAAAAGUAGGCGGAUAUUACUGCGCAAAGGUCGUUGCCGCCAAGGAAAACAUCUCUAUAUCCGAGGCCAUGGAAGAAAUCCAGAUAAAUUCAAACAGAUACGUAAAUUUAUUCAAAAAUCAAACAAUAAUCAUCGAACAAUUACUUAAAAGAGCAGUUGGCAAGCUCGAACAUUCCACAAAAUUCAACAAAUUCCACCAAAACUCCUUCAAAGUUGAUGAAGUCCAGUUAAUUGGCGCUGCAUCAUCAAUGCCUUACCUCAGAGACAUAAUUAAGAAACAUACGAACUGUACAAACAUCAAACGUGACUUCAACAUCAACGAGGAGAUCUCUGUUGGUGCUGUUUACUGUAUCCAGAAUUAUCGUGGUUAUUCAAAAACUCCGAUGACAUUUUUCCAGAAACAAACACCUUUCUCGUAUUCCCUUAAAUGCGGUGGUUACAGAACAGUCUGUACCAAAGGCAACCAAUGCCAGGACACAAUAAAAUUCGAACACAGAGGCUGUACAGUUAUGAGAUUAGUUGCGAAAGAAGACGAAAUCCCUGAAGGUUCAAGCAGAGUUUUGGCUUCUUACGAACUGUUGAACAUCUCGAAUAUGAACUUCUCUAGUGGAGACAGGGCUGCAGGACUUGCAACAAUGAGAAUAAACGAAACAAGACUUGAAGGAGUCACGUGGUGUAAGAAUACAGAAUGCUAUCCAAUUGCUGCGAAAUAUACUCCAAUUGUUAAUCCUGAAAUGAAAGAAAGAGGUGUGAAAUUCUUGACUGCUUUCUCUAUUGCGGAGAAUGAGAGAAGAGCGAAAGAAAAAGCUUUGUUGGAAGUCAAUAAUUUGUUGGAUGUUUUCGAUUUGGAACAAUUCGAAGAAUUCCCUCUAGACAUCAAAUACGAUUUGGCUCCUUACAAAUACGGAAGAGAUUUGGGAACUUUGAACAACAUGUCAACUGAGGAGUUGAAGGAAGGAGCAAGGAUAAUAAGAGAGAGUUUGAUGAAGAUACUGCCACAGAUACAGUUGCCUGAACCUCCAAAAGAAGAUGGAAAUAUAAACACUCAGCCUCAAAAUGAUGAAUUAUAA